AUGACGCAGCUGUCAAAGACCUUCCUGGUGCUAGGAGGGACAGGUGGAACCGGCAAGCAUUUCAUCACCUUGGCCUUGCAAGAUGGCCAAUACGUUCGUGCACUUGUCAGGACACCCUCCAAACUCCCGACCGAGCCAAGUGGCAACCUCGAAGUAGUGCAAGGCUCCAUCACCGACGACGAGGUUGACACCGACAGGCUCGUCAAGGGAGUCGACUACGUUAUCGCGAUGCUCGGCGACAGAGAAGCUCAAGAGACCACCAAGAUCUGCACAGCAUUCGUCAAGAAGCUCGUCCCUUCAAUGCGCAAGCACGGGGUCAAACGCUUUCUCUACCAAGCUGGAGCACUAGGCAGGCCGUACAGAGGCUCUCUUGGUGUUAGUCUCUGGGCGUUUCGGAAUAUCGUCGCUCGCAGCUAUGACGGUCAGCAUAAAGAUAACGAAGCCGUUCAUGACUACCUGUUGACGGAAGCGAAUGAUAUCGAGUGGAUGAUCCAUCGUGCCGGAAUCGGUGGGGAUGGUCCUUCCAAGGGCCGUCUGGAGCGCUCAAAGACAACCCCCAACAUUGGUACCUUUGAGGACUGUGCGAAGUACAACUAUCGUACAAUCAUGGAUGAGUCGGCGGUGCAUACUUGUGAUUACAGCUGCUAUGGCAAGUGA